GUUAUUUUAUUCGUAAUUACUAAAAAUUUACUCUCUUCUGUCUUUAUUUGUCUCGACUCUCUCGUCUCUACCUCUCUAGCCGGACUGCUCUGCUUCCGCCAUUAUCACCACCAGACACGACGUUGCGUCGGCGGGGGAGCCAAUCAACACCACCAGUCAGCACCGUGAAUCAGAGGCCGGCUGCAGCUGCACCACCAAUCACCACGUGUCGCAUCAACUCAGAUUUGUUGUAUUCAGGGCAUGACCGCAUGAGACAAAAAUGACAGCCAUUGAGAGAGCAACAGCUGAAACUCCUAAAAAAUCUGCAUCCUUUUCAAGCUUUCAAUACUCGGGUUUGAAAAGAUUGGGGAGGAGGAACCCAUUUCUAAGAUACGGGCUUCCUCUCAUUUCCCUCACUGUGUUUGGGUCUGUUGGCCUUGCUCAGCUCUUGCAAGGAAGUAAGGAUAUUGCCAAAGUGAAAGAUGAUCAAGAGUGGGAGAUUAUUGAGGAAAGAAAAGCUCUUUCCAGAACAGGACCUGUUAAUGCAUAUCAACCAAAAAAUCUCUCAUUGGAAGAGGAGCUAAAGGCGUUGCAAGAGAAAGUGGACAUAAAUAGCUAUGAUUACAAGAGAAUCCCUCGGCCUGAUGAAGGCAAGUCUGCCAGAUGAGGUCUUCGAUUGCCAUUUUUAGGAAUCAGCAGCAGCAAGCAUGCUAUCCCAUCCCAAGUUUUGGUUCUUUUCCCCAAAUUUUAGUUUUCUUGUUGGCUAAACAUGUUGUUCUUGAAUCACUAUGUAUGUAAUGGAAAUGUAAUAAUGCCAAGUUUUUGUAAUUGAUGAAUUUUGUUUCAUCAUAAAAUUUACCGUGUCUGCUAAGUGCUAUCGGCAAUCGGCAAUCGGCAUCAGUUCAACGAAGCUCAACUGUAGGCUAUACAAAUUCUUUUUGAAGGAUAAGCAAUACAAAAUUGUAAUGUGAAGUCAUCAAAUCAUCAGUGUUAUACAUUUUGAGUGGGAUUGCAAUAGGGAAACCCUAAUUUGCACCAAA